AUGUGUGCUCCCUCCGCCAAAUAUACCUUGGGAAACUUUGCCACUCACUGCCUCUGUCGCAAGUGUCUUCAAUUCACCACCUUCCCUGUCAACCCAGUGGCUCUGCUUCCUAAGAAUCCAUUCCUUCGCCCUCACAGCUACUUGGCCGAGAUGGUUCCCGGCCAGUCACGCCACACACCUCCUUCCUCUCUCCGGGUGUCGCUCAUUGGACAUACCUUUUUCUUGAUUCAACCCCAAAGUCCGCCAUACUCAAGGCAUCGCUGUAGAAAGCCUAUGAAGCCCUGGGCAGAGUACCACACAACGAUCGACGCAUCCCUACUACACUGGUGUCCCGGUCAUGAAGCCGACGUCAAAUGGUUCCAUGCGGCUCAAAUUCAGCAGUCGUGUGUUCCACGAUACUCCCAGAUUGCUGUUGCCUAUGCGGCACCCGAACGGGCUGAGAUAGGCGAUGCCGGAUUCGACCGAGAUUCUCUCUUCAUACCCAUUGGAUCAAGGGAGCUUUUUGGCCCCCGCAGCCUGAUUUUGACGAUAUUCCUUCGCGCGCUAAUUGGCUGUGAUUCUGCGCGGUGCGACGUACACAAUAUGCAAGUAAGCACGCAGCCUGAUGGCAUUGGUGUCGCCAAGGGGGGGCUGGAACUUGGAAGGAACGUAGCAGCUGCGCGACGAAGUACAAUCUUUGAAAAGUUGCGCACCGUUGACUGGCAUCUGAGAGAAACCCAAAUCCCGAGAACUCGCUUCGACAUGGCGACAAAUCAUACUAUGAGUAUGGGAUGGUCUUAUUCAGACUCUGGCACUGGUUACUGUUCCUCUGUGCUUGGCUAUUCCAACUCUGGCACGUCUAGUGGGGGUUACUACACUGACAGUCUGGAUUGGGCCAGUUUCGUGUCCUCUAUCUAUGGAGCAGCAAAGAGUCCGGAGUACCCCAUAAUCACUGUCAAUCUACCCAGACGAUGGAACCACUCAUCAGACAACUUCGAUGCCCAGAAAGAUUGUUACGACACGAAGGUUCUGUUCGAUUACUCCAGUACGGGACGAAGCCCUUCCACUGCAAACUUAUACGGAUGCGCCGCCAUCGCGACCUCGGCAUUUCUCGUGCAAAGUGAGAAAAUUGACACCGACUACAGCGUCAACAAAACGAUAUCAAAGAUAAAUUUGGACUCUUUGAUGGCUUUUAAUGCCACAAAAGUCUUUGAGCAGAUUCUUGGUUGUAUCGAAAUUUCCUGCGCCGGAGGAAAUCCUCUGGGAGAGUGCGAUCCCGGCGUCGCGAAGCUAACACGGGGCCAAGUCAGAGCUGGUGAAAUGGAUAAGGUCUUGAAUUCCCUCCAGGACUUGUGUUCCGUAUUCUCAAAUGGGCCGCAAGCCGACAUUGCUGGUCCUGGUAUUGCUGUGUCCUAUUACAUACAGGUCGCAUUGAGCAUUUGGUUCUUCAUCUUCUGCGGCCUACUCCCUCAUCAGCCUGACUCCUCCACCUUUUUCGGCAUGUUGCUUGCUUUCAGGUGGUGCUUCAGGCUUUUUCGAAAGCGCUCAGAGACCGAGAUGGGCAGACUGCGCUCGACCUUCGCGCACCUGCGCUCGACUCGUUUCUGCGUGGCUUUGCGUUCAACCAUGGUCGAGUUCCAAGAAACACAGGCAUUUUUCGUUAUGGCUAUUGAGGCGGCGACCUUAACCAUGGUCAUCAUGAACAAACAGUCUCUCGCCAUCCGAGUCGACGUCGGUGCUGCCAAAGUCUUUGCGAGUGCCAACACGCUGCUGGUUCUUGUCACGCAAGCCAUCAUGCAACGCAGAGGCAUGUACUGGUGGUAUACGUUCGUUCUAACAGUCAUAGUCUAUGUCCUGUGUUCCAUCAUACAGAUGCUCAAUCUUCCGACGCCAAAGCUCGUUUCGGAUCCGUCCCCUGAGUACGAGGCCUGCGGCGGGAGGCACAGCAUUCUGCAAACUUGCACGCAGGCUGAAUAUGGCAAUAACGUAUACAGCAGCUACGUUUAUGGAGUAAGCCCUGUAAUACCAAUAGUUCAAUUUUCCAUCUAUACGUCAGUCAUGCUCUUUUUGACGAUGGACCAUCUGAGCCAUGAUCCUCGUCUUAGCAAGAUGAUAGCCUCGACAUACCACGCUCGGAGAGGGCGUGAGAUUCGAAUACCAGCUUGGGUUAUCAAAACAUUCUCUGUCUUGGGAAAGAUUCUGUGGUUCACCUUGGUUACUGUGAUGGCUUAUACAGUGCUACUCAACAUUGUUCAAGUGAAUCGCUUUGCUGGAGACGCAGUAGGUAGUAAAGAACAGUGGACUUUUGGUCAGGUUGUGGCGGUUCUGGUCUGGGCACCGGUGCUAUCCAAGUACAUCUACUAUAACAUUUGUAAGUCCGACUCUCACAUAUUGCGAUAUGAAAAUUAUGAUUUUGGCACAAUGAUUGACCUUUUGAUUCUCCUAGUCGGCAUCGAGCUCGGCGUUGGCAAGCGGAUAGACGAUCAGUACAAGGUUGUACUCAACAAAGAGAAACCGCCAUCGACACUUUCCGGAGCACAAGGACAGUCUGAUUCUUCGAGAAACUUGGUGAAUCAAAGUAACUACAUCAGAUUAAGUAGUAUUGGGGAUGGUAAUGAAGAUCGGAGACCGGCCGGGGCGGAGACGAGGUCAUUUUCGGGAGGGGUUAAGCGCAAACCGUUGCCACCUAGAACCAACACUGAGUUGCCCAGAUGA